AAAUCGGCGAGGAAGUGGACGAGAGAUCUAAAGCAAAUUAUUAAAAAUUAAGUGAUUAGGAAAAACACCCCACAAUUAAGGAAAAUUAAAAAAAUAUUUUUCCAUAACAUAAAUAGUACAAAAUAAAAAUUUAUAAAAAUAGUAUAUAGUCAUAACCCUAUUGACUGAUGUGAUUUCAUUCCCUGUUCUUUGUGUUAUCUUUUGCUGGUGGCAAUUAAACAAGUGUUAUACCUUUAUUCAAUUUAAAGAACAAAAAAUAUUUAUUUUUCCGCUAUUUACUGAAGACGAAGAAAUGAAUGGUGACUCCAUAAAUAAUGGUGACUCAAAGUGUUCCCCACCAUCGGGUAUUAACUCGAACACCGCCGCCGCCGGUGGUUCGACGACAAUAGUGAAAUAUGAAAAAUCGUCAUGCCUGUUCUGCAAUGAAUGGUUUGAUUCACAAACAUUUACGGAACACUUAAUCCACUGUGGUCAAGUAUUGGAACAAUGUCCCAAUACCUGUAACGUUUUUGUGCCACGCAUACGCAUGCGUGCCCACCUGAAAGAGUGUCCGCGUAACAAACGUCGUAGUGCCAGUGCUGAUCGUGUAGAUCAACAGGUCGACUAUCGAGUGCAGGUGGUGGAGAAUGAAAUAAAUACCCUACGUUCGGUAUUGAAUGAGGAAAUACGGCAGCGUUUGCAUUUGAUUACCGAUGUGGGAAAUCUGCGAAAGCAAAAUCAGGUCAUCGAUGAUUGGCAGCAGAGCACCAAUCAAAGUUUAAAAUCCCUGCAAAAUCGUCUGGACGAGGAGAAUACACAGAGGACAUUUGAGGUGGAACAGUGCCAGCAGGAUUUUCGUUGUUGUUUCGAUACUGUACAGUCCUUAAAGAGGGAGAUUCAAAAUGAAAUCGACGAUCUGGAGAAACACAUCAAUCAAAUGUCCUUGGAACUAACCCAACAUCAAAAUCAUUUGAACGACAACAUCAUGAAACUGGAGGAGACGGUGUUGUUGCAUGAAAAAAUUAACAGGGAUAAAUUUAUUGAAAUUGAAAAUUACCUGCAAUCAAUCAAUUUGGAUUUAAAUGCCAAACUUGGUCCCGAACACGAUGUGGCCAAAUAUGCUGCCUUGGAUCUGGAAGUGAAGGGCAUGAAACACAUUGUCUGUGACACGGAAGAGCGUUGUGAUAAGUUGGAGACCCUAGUCAGCCAGAUUGAUCGGAAUUUACAUCAUACCAUGCAACUGGUAAAUGAUUUGGAGAAUCACAUUGCCACCCAGCAGCGUUUGACGAGCUAUAUUAAUAGUAGAGGCCACUUGCUUUGGAGAAUAAAAGACUUUUCGAAAAAGUUUGAGGAAGCUCGCCAGUAUGACACAAUUUUGCACAGUGCCAUGUUUUCCAACAAACCUUUCGGCUAUGCUUUAAGACUGGACAUCUACUUGAAUGGCAAGGGCACGUGGAAGGGACGUAACAUGAUAGCCUGCCUCAAUGUGAUAGCCGGAGAAUAUGAUCCCCUACUGCCAUGGCCAUGCCGCCUGCAGGCCGAUGUAAUUAUUCGAGAUCAAACCAUAAAUGCCACCAAUCCUGAGGAUUAUGUUAAAACGGUUAUGGUACGAAAGAAAAGUGAUGAUUACAUUCAGACAAAACAAUUCUUUUAUAUUCCACACACGAUAUUGAAACAAUCGAAUUAUAUAAAAAAUGACAGUCUCUUUGUGGAAGUAAGGAUUUUGAAAUAAAAAAAAUAUUUUUUAUUAGAUUUUUAUUUUAAUAUAUUAUUGUAGAAUUUGUGUAUAUAUAUUUUCUAUUAA